CAUCGAUAUUUCUCCACCUUUACCUAAUACAUACAUUUAUACCAUGUAUUUGUGAUGAAUUUGCUGGUGGUGUUAUCAUUCAAAUAAUUCAAUGAGUAAUGUAAAUCAUUUAAAUUUCCAAAGAAAACAUGAAAAUCAUAGCUAAUACUUGAAUAUUGACAUCUAAUGCUGCUGAGACAAGACAAGGGACUCGUCAAAUGAAUUUUCCGUUAAAAUAUAUACGUAUAAAAAAUCUACAAGGAAAAAAUUGUUUGAUAUAUUAGAUUCAAAAAUGGAAUCUACUCUCUGCACUAGUCAAGGUGGAGGACAAAAAAUCUGUUCCACAUUUUAUCCUAAAAGAGAUUUGUGUAUCGAAAAGGAUCUUCUGAGAAAAAUACAAUUUGCGCCCACUUCUGAAAAACCAUUAGUUGCCCAAAAGGAACAUCAGUUUGCAUCAAGGACAUCUCGGUUGUUAAUAAUUUGGUUUAUUGUGUUAACGAUUCAUUUUCGAUAUGCACGAGCUGAUCAAGUUGUUUUGUUGGAUACAACACGAGAAGCUACUUUAGAAUGGACCAGAUAUCCAUAUGGCCCGCAAGCACAAACUCCUGGGUGGGUCGAGGAGUCAUUCACUGAUUUUGUAAAAGGCAUUAACUGGAGAAGCUACGUCGUUUGUGAUGUCGCAUAUCACAAUGUCAACAACUGGCUUUGGUCACCGUUUAUUGAUCGUGGACCUGCAAAUCGACUUUACAUUGAAAUUCAAUUCACAAUACGCGAUUGUUCUUUAUUUCCAGGAAAUGCUUUAUCAUGUAAGGAAACUUUUAGCUUACUUUUUUAUGAAUUUGAUGCUGCAACUAGAGAACCACCCCCAUGGCAAACCGACAGUUACAAAUUGAUCGCACGAAUCGCAGCUGGAGAAGGACGAUUUAAUCAAAACUCCGAUGUAGAUAUUAAUACGGAAGUAAAAAGUAUAGCAGUAAAUAAAAAGGGUGUUUAUUUUGCUUUUCGAGAUCAAGGCGCUUGUAUUAGCGUAUUAGCUGUAAAGGUGUAUUACAUUACGUGCCCAGCUGUGACUGAAAACUUUGCUCAUUUUAAUGAAACACCAACUGGUAGAGAAAUAACAAUUAUUGAGAAACAAAAUGGAACUUGUGUCAAAAACGCUGAACCUUAUGAACACCCAACAUAUUUAUGCAAAGGCGAUGGUAAAUGGACCAUUUUAACAGGAGGCUGUAGGUGCAGAGGCGGCUACGAACCAAAUUUAUUAAACAACACGUGCACUGAAUGUGCAAUUGGGACUUUCAAAUCGGCCGAUGUGAUGAAAUGUACUCCAUGCCCGCCUAAUUCAAAUACUUCGAAACCUGGAUCUGCAUUUUGUAAAUGCUUGCCUGGAUAUUUCAGGAAUCCACGCGAUCAAAAACACAUGCCCUGUUACAGUCCUCCACCUGCUCCCAAAAAUCUUACUCUACUUUUUAUUGAUCAAACAAGUGCCAUUAUUUCUUGGACUGCUCCAAAAAAAAAUGAAUUCCAGUUAACUGAUGACCAAACCAAAAAAUAUCACAGCGAUAUUGUUUAUAAACUACUAUGCAAAAUGUGCAACUCGAAUGUAAUGUAUAAUCCCGCAAGUGAUACAUUUACUGAAACAAAAGUAACCCUUUCAAAUCUGGAACCUUCAACUAUUUAUACAGUUCAGAUUCAUUCGACUCAUGGGGUGUCCCAUUUUAUUAGUAACUCAAGCGAUUUUGUGCUUAACGAUCAUUCAUUCACUAAUGCAUCUUCUGUAAAUACACUUUUAGAUUUAAAUGAGAUAAAGACAGAGUAUGAAGAAAUUGUAUUUACAACUGAAUCUGUUCAGCUUACCACUUCAUUUAAUUUACGCAUAUUGUCUAUAACUAACAACAAUGCCAAUCUUGCGUGGGAUAAGCCUGUACAUAGUGAUUUUCCUUUGGAGUUUUAUGAAAUACGUUGGUUUCCAAAACAUGAUCUAGAUGCCAAUAAUAAAUCGUCUUUAAGUACCAAGGAGACAAAAGCCCAAAUAGAAGACUUGCAAGAAAAUACCGAAUAUGGAUUUCAAGUACGUUGUAAAACUUUAAAUGGAUAUGGAUCUUACAGUAGCAUAAUCUAUGCCAAAACUUCUCACCCAAUAAAUUCAGGUUACGAUGAUUCUGACCAAGUGCGCUUUAUUGCUGGUGCCAUAGUGACUGGAGUCUUAUUUUUGGUCAUCUUUAUAGUCGCAACAGUAUAUUUUAUGCGAUCCAAGCAUCAAGAUGAAAUUGACAAAAAAUCUGGAAAUCAUUUGCCAUUACCUUUAGACUAUGCCAGCAAUGAAGUUAAUACUAUGGAUACUACUCCAAUUGUCAAGACCCUUCAUUUAAACGUAACAACGCCAUUGUUUGGGCAUAACAGAAGCUACGUCGAUCCACAUACAUAUGAAGACCCAAAUCAGGCAAUAAAAGAGUUCGCUCGUGAAAUUGAUGCGAACUAUAUUACUAUAGAAGCUAUUAUUGGUGGAGGUGAAUUUGGAGAUGUUUGCCGUGGUCGUCUAAAAAUUCCGCCUAAUUUUGUACAGGACAUUGACGUUGCCAUAAAGACUUUAAAACCAGGAUCUUCAGAAAAAGCACGCUGCGACUUUUUAACUGAGGCUUCUAUUAUGGGGCAAUUUGACCAUCCUAAUGUUAUUUAUUUGCAAGGGGUUGUAACUAGAUCCAAUCCAGUUAUGAUCAUAACUGAGUACAUGGAAAAUGGUAGCUUGGAUACAUUUUUACGCGUAAACGAUGGAAAAUUUCAAACUUUACAAUUGAUUAUAAUGCUUCGAGGAAUUUCCAGUGGUAUGGCUUAUCUUAGUGAUAUGAAUUACGUUCAUAGAGACUUAGCCGCCCGAAACGUACUCGUGAAUUCACUAUUAAUUUGUAAAAUUGCGGAUUUUGGACUGUCACGAGAAAUUGAGAAUGCCAGUGAUGCCUACACCACAAGAGGCGGUAAGAUUCCAGUUCGCUGGACAGCCCCAGAAGCCAUAGCUUUCAGAAAGUUCACAUCGGCUUCCGAUGUGUGGUCUUAUGGAGUGGUGUUAUGGGAAGUCAUGUCGUAUGGGGAGCGCCCAUAUUGGAACUGGUCAAAUCAGGAUGUAAUAAAAAGCAUCGAGAAGGGAUAUAGAUUGCCAGCUCCAAUGGAUUGCCCUGAAGCUUUAUACCAGCUAAUGCUGGAUUGUUGGCAAAAACAGCGAACUCAUCGUCCAACGUUUGCCAGUAUUGUGUCAACCCUUGAUAACUUGGCAAGACAACCGCAAUCCUUACUGACAACGCGUAACUCUCCCGAAUCAGACAAUACACAUAUAUUAGAUGCGCAACGUGGUCAAAAUGUAUUUAUAAGCACCGAUUUAUGGUUGGAACAUAUUAAAAUGUCAAGAUAUUGUCAGCAUUUUAAGGACGCUAAUUUAAUAAAUGCCCAACAGAUUUCCCGGCUUACCGCUCAACAGCUAUCAGAUAUGGGCAUAACUUUAGUGGGACACCAGAAAAAAAUUUUACAUCAAGCCCGGCAACUGGACACUAUUAUCUGAGGGGCUCCCAAAUAGUAUUAAAAUAUUUUUAAAAUGUAUAUAUAUAAAACAUAAAAUAUAAUGCUAUUAUAGUAAUAUACAAAAUGGGUAUUAAAAGUCGUGUAAGAUAAAACAAAACAAAAAAAAUAAAAAAAAUAUUUUAGUUUCUUAAAAAA